UGGGAAACAUCCUGAAUGCUAGGACCGAUGUGGUUGUUUUGGUAUAAUUGGAAUAGGACGACACUCUGCGUGCUCGACAGCCCCAAGUAGAGCCGCCCGUUACGUUUGUUUUGACCGCUUCUACUAUACUUGUCACAGUGAUCGUGAUGUGGUGGAGAAAAGCAAAGGAUAAGGAAGACUACUACGAUGUGAAGACAAAACUAGAUAGGUUUUGAGAAGGACAGCGAAUAGCUGCAAAUCAACAGGAUGCCGGUGUAUGGCGUCGAGUUUGUCGGCGACAGUUGGAAGCACAACUGUAUCUUUUUGUGGCACUGUUGGAUUCUGUUUUCCUGCUGCUGCCUGAUCAUCGGACUGGACAUUAGUCAGACCAUCACGCCUCGGGUCGGCCCGGUCGGCGGCGGACAUAACUACGGUCUGGUGAACAAUAACUACAACAACGGGAGCACUUACUGCAGGGAGAACUGUUGCGUCAACAACACGCAGAACAAUGUCAUGGCCCACUUGGUCUUCAACGGCGUUGCAGUGCUUUUCUUCAACCUGUUCAAGAUCGUCGGCCUGUUCAUGGGCCUUUGCGACACGGAGUACAUGGCGAACGGAUUCCAAGAGCUCGGGUCGGUCAAGUUUGCCUUUUCGCUGCUGGUCACCUUUCUGUCCCUUACCGUGGACAUCGUUUUCCAGGACGUGCUGACGAAAAUGAAAUUCUUUGGGGUAUACAUAGUUUUCAUUACCGGAUGCCGACCAUGAUGACGAAGUGGAAGUGCUUUCUAUUCAUGUUACUUCGCGGAUAGUGAUUACUUGAAAGUCUCUUGAAUUCUGUUUCUAUGUCUAUCGAGCAGCCUCAUGAUGAUUGUCAAACGUCUUGAUGAACAUUUCCGCUCCCACUAAUUCUCUACCAGGUUUUCGUGCAGUGUAACGGACGGCAGAAUCUUGACAAUUGGAGCCCGGUGCCAGCUUACCUCUAUCUCGCGUUGAACUACGCCUUUCACGGUGUUUACGUGGUUGCCAUGAUUGGGGCGUACUGUUCGGGGGAAGCGCGGGAAAACCGGCGCAAAAAGCGGCGACGGGUAAUCCGAUCCGCGCAGGUGCUGCCAAACCACGUGACGACACUCUCGGACCUGGACGAGUUGCCGGAUUUGGAGUUUGCCAGCCCGAGGUACCGUCGAGCAUCACGGAAAAUCAGUCUGGUCGCGACAUCGACGGGGGCGCAGCGGCGGGGCGGGGACUUCGAGGCCGGGGAUAUAGACCAUCUGGGUGUCGGAACCAGUGGCGCACGACAUCAUCACCUCGAGGGGAGCUCUUCCUUUGGAAGUGGGAACACUAACAGAACAAGAAACUUGAUGGACCAGCACUCGGUAACUGGGUCCUCGUCUUCAAAACUAAACGGGUUAACGCAGCAUCAACAUCCUCUUCCGUCCGCCCGAAAUAAAAUUGGCACCUCUAGUAGCAGCACAGCUCCCGCCUUCGAAACGGCAAACACAAGACGCUCCUCGUCAAAAAACAGUGUGAGUCAUCAUGCGCUUUCUAGUAGUUCUCGCAACUCGCGACCGAGUAGAACUUCGAUCAAUAUUAAGAGGAGCGCCCGUACCACCGGCGGGGCUGCCAGGACGUCCAGUCGCGGUUUAUUGCACAGUGGCAGUUACUCGUCUUAUCCAGAACAGACCACGGAGCAGGUCAACGGUUUGUCGGAAAAGCGCGAAAGUACUGUGCGUGGAUAUCAUGAGAAUAUCGUCCCCUUUGCAGAGCCAGAUCAGGUUGACACGAAGCUGCACCUGCAAACGACCCAAGGCUUUCGUCCUAAGCGACCAAGGAAGCCCCCGGCCGCACCCCCAUCGUUGAUGCCAACACCAACAGGAGAUGGAGCUGCCAGAGCUAGGUCUUCGAAAUCUGGCGGCACCGUGAUAUGAAAGAUCAUGCGACACUGCCCGGCGCGGCCGCGGAUGCCGCAUAACAGAAAAGUAAGUCAGGCAAGCCUUUUCCUUGCCAAGCCGUGGGAGCGGGGAAUUAGUAGAACAGGUGACGCUUCUCAGGUGUUUGUGCAAAACGAGGAUGCCACGUCGUGCAAAACAUUCUAAGGACGGCGUAAAAAAGCAAGAACCCGAUAAAGAAAAAAGAGGACCACGAAAGAUUGUUUGACGGCUCCGACUUUCCUCACCCUUUGUAUGCCUAAAUAUUCGCAUAUACAAGAGACUGAUUCUUGUUGGCAUCAAUUAAAAAGAAGUACGAACAAGAUGAAAAAAAUUCUAAACGCAGGAUAGCAGCCACACUCCAUCUGCCACCAUAGGAGCGACAAUUCUCUCCCUCUCGUAAAGCAAGAAAAUCCGACCCAACCCCCAAGUAAAAGUCAAGUAAGCGACAAUGAAAAUGCGACUCCACCUCUAGUAAACCUAAACCCCCACACUCCCGAGUAAGACUUAUUCUAGCAAUGAAUCACACAGUAAUGCGGUUCAUGGAAAAUAUAAAUAAUGAACAUGAAGCGGCUCUGACACGCAAUGUUCUUGAUAGAUGGUUGCCUGGCAGAGCAUUUGCAGCAAAAGCCAUGGAGACCCGUUCUCUUUUGCUGCUUCUCCCGCGCGAAUGAUCACGAUCCCCAUGCCCUGGCAAUGAACCCGUAACAAAGCACGGGGGCACUUUGUAUUGCUCCUGUGCAAAACUACUGCUACAGAGGGUCCGUCCUGUUUUCAUCCAUGCUGCGAAACCCAAAGCAGGAAUAAGGAGACCCUCAAUAAAACAAGUUUUGAAGAACUCUGAAGCGAUAAAGGAAUACGAAUAACAUUUCUUUGCCUUACGCACUGAGCUACGGUUUUUGUACCGGUACCUGUAAAAAUUCAAGUAAAAAGUAGAAUGAAGAUUCAUGAAAACCUUCCAAAAUAAA